AUGAAAUUAGUGAUUAUACUUUUGCUUUGUCAUAUGCUAUAUUGUGUGGAUGUUGAUAAAAACACCUUCUCAAAUUACAAGGACGUGAAAACACAACAUCUUCACAUAGAGUGGCUGUUGAAUCUGAAUGAUAAAGUAGUUGAUGGAUCGGUUGAAUACACAUUGAAGGUUUUUGCAAAUUAAUUGAGUGAAGUUCAUUUGGACAUUUAUAAAAUGAAUAUCCUGUUUAUCUAUUAUCCAAGCAAUGGUCAAGUGUUGAAGUAUCAUGUAGAAUCUGAUCCAAUUCAGAAAGAUGAAUAAGGGGAUAAAUUGGUGAUCGAAUUAGGGUAGGUGUACAAAUAUGGUGAAAUUGUGAAAUUCAGAAUCAAGUAUCAAAUUGGUGAGGAUGCUAGAGCACUUAGCUUUAUGGAUCCAUCAUAAACAGAUGAUAAAAAGGCUCCAUAUUUAUUUUCAUAAUGCGAAGCCAACAAUUGUAGAUCGAUGAUUCCAUUACAAGAUACUCCAAGCAUCAAAUUUACAUAUUCAGCCACAGUGAUCACUCAAUCACCAUUGAUAAAUGUGUUUAUGAGUGGAAAUAGAUUGCAAACUCAGAAAUUCGAAUUGAUGGGCAACUAUGAAAUGAAUUCCAUUGCCAAUAUCUUUCAAUUUGAAUUAAACAUCAAGAUUCCAGCUUAUUUGAUAGCUAUUGUAGCAGGUACAGUGGAGGAAAGAUCAACUGGAGCAAGAACAGCCGUUAUCUCUGAAUCUAAAAAUAUUCAGAAAUACAAAGACGAAUUAGAAGACUUAGAUCAAUAUGUGUAGUACCUUGAAGAUUAUAUUGGUGAAUAUAAAUGGGGAUCCUAUAAGAUCGUGAUCUUACCAGCUUCAUUCCCUUUCGGAGGUAUGGAGAAUCCACUCUUAACCUUUGCCAAUCCUACAAUUAUAGUUGGAGAUAAGAGUGGAGUGAGUGUUGCUGUCCAUGAAAUCGCUCAUUCUUGGUUUGGAAAUACAAUCACAUGCAACAAUUGGUCAAAUAUGUGGAUUAAUGAAGGAUUUUGUGUUUUUCUAGAAAGAAAAGGGUUGAAGACAUUGUUCAAGGAUAUCAAUUUGGUUCAUGUUAAUUCUUAGGUUGGAAAUAAUGAAAUGAAUGCAUUGAUCAAAGAGUUCAACUCCAGUCAAGAUGACUUUGUCAAAUCAUAUGCUAGUUUACAUCCAAAGACUGAAAAUCACAAUGCUGAUGAUAGUUUUAGUACUAUUCCUUAUGAAAGAGGAUUCCAGUUAUUGUAUUACCUUGAAAAGUAAAUCAAUGAAACCAGAUUCUAGCAAUUAUUGAAGGCUUGGUUAUAAGAGUAUGAAUAUAAGAGUGCAGAUGAAAGUGAUUUCUAUAGAUUCAUGAUAUUGUGGUUAAAGGUUUAGUUGAGUGCUGAAGAGUUCACAACUGUUAAAAAGAGCAUUGAUAAUGUCUACACUAAAUGGGUUUAUGAUUAUGGUUAACCACCCAUUUAAGAGACUUUUGAGAACCCUGCAUCCAAAGAUGUGCUCCAAUUAGUGAAUGCAUGGAUUGAAGGCAAGGGAACUAAACCUUAAAACUAUCAAAUCUUUGAUGGCUUUAAAUCAAAUCAAAAACAAUUAUUCUUGUCCUCCUUAACAGAGAAAUCUAAGGAUAUUACAGAGGCAAUUAUGGUCUCUUUAGAAGAUGCUUAUCAUCUAAGUGAUUUGCGUGAUGCUGAAUUGUUGUUUAGAUGGUAUGCUCUUUCUAUUAACACCAAAUAUGCUAAGGAUACAACAAAUCUAUAAAAAAUUAAGGCCUUUGUUGGAGUUGUCGGAAGAAUGAAGAUGGUGAAUCCAAUUUACAAGGCCUUAAAUAAGGAAACUGCGACCUAAUGGUACCAGGAGAAUUAUGCAUUCUAUCAUCCAUUGACCAGACAAUCGAUAGAGAGCAUUAUAAAGAGUAAAACUAUAAUAGAAUGAUAUCAACAUUAAAUAUUCAUUAUUUAUCUCUUCU